GUAUACUUUCUAUGAUUGUUUACUGCAAUCAAAAUUUAAGAUUAGAAAGUAAGAAAUUUGCGUGAGCGUGAAAGUAUGAGGGUCAGAGCGAGAGGAGCGGCGACAAGGGAAGUCAGCGGCACCAGACAGCGGCAGGGGAACAGGCGAUGGAUUCCGGGAUUAGAUCACAGGCUUGUAAGACAGUCAAAGACUUUUUUCUUUUACAAUUUUCCAGAAAAUUGUGAGGAGAAAGAGUUAUGGUACCGAUUUCAGAGAUGUGGAAAAGUGGUAGAUGUAUAUGUACCAAAGAAGCGCGACAAGUGGGGGAAGAGAUUUGGAUUUCUGCGUAUGGUAGGUGUGCAGAACGAGAAUCAGAUGGCGAGAAGACUGAAUGAUAUAUGGUUGGGUUCAUACAAGUUGCGAGUGAAGAUAGCAGAGGAAAGAAGUAACGUAAGAGCAAAAGCUGAAGUUAUGGGAGACAGAAAACAGCAUAGGGAUGAUAGAUUGGUACAGCCAGGAAAAUCAUAUGCCCAGGUGGUAAAGGGGAAGACACAGAGUUUACAACGCUUGCCGAACGAUAUAGGAUCGCUAGAAGGGGAAGACAGGGGCAUCAACCAAUUGGAAAAGGAACCAACUCAAGCGAGGCAAAGGAACAGGAAGGAGGAAGUGGCAUCCUGUGAUAUACUAGAUGGCAAAAAUUGUAUGGUGGAGAAUAGAAGGGUGAAUCCUCACGAGGAAAUCAUGAAAUUCAUACCAGAGCCGGAAGAGAACCAGUGGCUUAAAGGGGGUGUUGUGGCGGUUGUGAAAUCACUAUCAAUAGUAAAAGAAGUGCAACAGAAAAUUGAUGUGGAUGGAGGCUUAAUCAAGAUCUCACCAUUAGGGGGAAGGAGGAUGUUACUAACUGAACAUGAACCGGGGUAUAUUCUUGAAUUUAUGAACCACAACAAGGAACUUAUUGCUUUGUGGUUUGAAGACAUUCAUUCAUGGGAGAAGCAAAUUCAGGAUCAAAGCAGAAUGGCAUGGUUACGUAUUACUGGUAUCCCCUUGAAGGCCUGGAGUGACAGAUGCUUUAAGAUGAUUGGAGAAUCAGUGGGAGAGGUGGUGAAGAUCCAUGAAGAUACAUCAACAAGAUCAAUUUUAUGUGAUGGGAGAAUUUUAGUCAUUUGUCAUACAGAGCAUAAGAUAUCUAAACGGAUUACACUGAAAGUAGAAGAAAAAUGGUAUAAGAUACAGGUGAUUGAGGAAGAAUGGCGCUCCGACCCAGACUGGUGGCUGUCGGACGGUGACCGGCGGAGUGUAUCAGUAUCGAAAUCGGACUUUUCAUCGGAGCAGAGUAAUGAGGAAGAUCAGGACUGGAUCAACCUCGAAGGAUGUGACGAAGAAGACGGUAGCAUUAAUGAGGAGCAAUUAAUGAAGGAAAGCUUCUGCAAUGCAAAUUCAAAAUUCAAAAUUACAGAGGAAGAAAUGGAAAGUAUAGACACAGAGGAAAAAAAAGAUGUCAGAAAAGAUGCAGUUAGUGGGCCGGCCAAGGAGUGUGGGUCACCCAAGAGCAGUGGGCCGGAGGGAGAAAAAGAAUUUGGGCUGGGAAAUAGUAGUGACAUGAGAAGGGUUGAUAGACAAGGAGGCUUGACAAAAAUAGGAAAGAAAGGCCCCAAUGUAGCGGUUGAGGAGGGUUCUUCUAUGAACCGAGAUCUGGAAUAUAAGGAAGUAGGGGGCAAACGACGGAGGCAUUUAGCGGACUGCUACCCAGAAAAUGUUGUGGAGCUGCGAUCAACAAAGAUGCAGGGGGCUGAAUCGGGAACAAAGCAAAAACAGAGAGGGAGAGCAGAUUUUACACUGGGUGCAGCUAGCAAGGUAAUUUUGACUGAUUGUUGUUCUAUUUCUGAUGGAUGUAUAGCAAAUAGAAACAGCAUAAUUCGGAGAGAAUUGACCUUGCAUGAGGUGAGGAGGAUGAUGAGUGUAGGAAAGAGAUUGGGCAUUCAAAUCCAAGAUAAUGAAGGGGAAGUGCAGUCCCGGUUAUUAGAAUUGGAAGAGAGGGUAGAAGCAGGGGAACGAAAAGGGGGUUUGGGUAGUGUGUUGAAGAGGAAGGAAGUAGGAAAAUUGGUGAGAAUGGAACAACCGGAUUUUCUAUUCUUACAAGAAUCUAAGUUAGAAAAGGUGGAUGAAAACUUGUGUAAAAUGAUAUGGGAUUCGGGAGAAUUUGAUUGGGUGAUGAAGGAAUCAACAGGAGCUUCAGGAGGCUUGCUGUCUUUUUGGAAUAAGGUCAAUUUUACUAAGACAGGAGAUUCCACGGGUGAUGGGUAUUUGAGAAUAACAGGGGAGUGGGGAAUUCAUAAGGUGAAGUUUAAUCUGGUGAAUAUAUAUGGCCCAAAUAACAGACAAAAAAAGUUAAAGUUAUGGGAUGAGCUAAGGAGCAUGAUUACAGAAGAGGGAGGUCGAUGGCUGAUUGCGGGAGACUUCAAUGCUGUUAGAUGUCUUGAGGAAAGAAGAGGAAGAACAGGGGAGAGUCCAGAUAUGAAGGAUUUCGAGGCAUUUAUUCAGUCAGCAGGAUUAAUAGACAUUAAAAUGGCUAAUAGGCGUUUCACUUGGUACAGAACAGAUGGCUCAGCCAUGAGCAGACUGGAUAGAAUUUUGAUGAAUGCAGAGAUGUGCAGUAUGGGUGCAGAGUGGGUGCAACAGGGCUUGAAACGAAAUAUCUCUGAUCAUUGUGCAAUCGUGUUGAAAACAAGAACAGUGGAUUGGGGACCAAGACCAUUUCGAGUUCUGGAUGCUUGGCAACUUCAUCCGAAUUUUAAGAAGGUUAUCGAAGAGAAGUGGAGAGAAAUGAAGGUCGAUGGAUUUGCAGGGUAUAAGUGUAAACAGAAAUUAAAGAAGUUGAAAGAAUUUUUGAAGGGUUGGAACCGAGAUGUAUUUGGGGAUAUGGAAGCUCAAUAUGAAAAGGCGAUUAAAAAGGUUGAGCACGUUGAUUUGAAAAAUGAAGAUUUUGAUCUGGAGGAGUUUGAGAUUCUUCAAAGACAAGAAGGAUUUCAGAAUAUAUGGGACAUUUUGAGGAAGAGAGAAGUGAUAUGGAAACAGAAAUCAAGAAGUAAUUGGGUACGCCAGGGUGAUGCAAACACGCGAUUCUUUCAUAGAAUAGCAAAAGGUAGAAAGGCCCAAAAUCAUAUAACAGGUUUAUGGUGUGAUGGUGUUUGGGUGGAAGAACCAACACAAGUUAAGAAGGAGGUGGUUAAUUAUUUUAGCAAGCUUUUCCAAGGAGAUAAGUGGAAUAGACCAAAGCCAUAUGGGGUGAACUUCAAGCAGAUUUCUAUAGAGGACAAACAGUGGCUUGAACGACCAUUCACCAUUGAGGAAAUUGAAGAAGGUUUGAGAAGUUGUGAAGGUUCUAAAGCUCCGGGCCCCGACGGGUAUAAUUUUUCUUUCCUUAAAUUCGCAUGGAAUAGUUUAAAGGAGGAAUUUAUGAGCUUUUUUGAAGAGUUUCAUCGCAAUGGAAGAUUGGUUAGUGGGUUGAACUCAUCAUUUAUAACUUUAAUUCCUAAAAAGAUUAAUGCUGGGAAUUUAAAGGAUUAUAGACCCAUUAGUCUGAUCGGGUGUGUGUAUAAGCUAUUAUCAAAGGUGUUGGCUAAUAGACUUAAAGCUGUAUUGCCGGGGAUUAUCAGUGAAACUCAAUCAGCUUUCUUGGGAGGACGUCAGUUAGUUGAUGGAGUGCUGGUGUUGAACGAAGUGGUGGAGGAAGUUAAGAGAAGGAAACAGCCGGCAUUUAUUUUUAAAGCUGAUUUUGCAAAGGCAUAUGAUUGUGUGGAUUGGACAUUCUUGGAAUGGAUGAUGGACAGAUUGGGUUUUGGAAUCAAGUGGAGAGGUUGGAUCAUGGAGUGCUUGUCGACUACUAGAAUGUCGGUACUAAUUAAUGGCAGCCCAACAGAGGAGUUCAAAGCGGGAAAAGGACUUCGACAAGGUGACCCGCUAUCUCCUUUUUUAUUCUUGAUGAUUGGAGAGGGAUUAAAUGGUUUGAUUCAAAAAGCAGCGACGGAGGGUUUGUUGAGAGGCAUAGAGGUUGGCAGAAGGGGAUUAGUUAUUUCCUUACUUCAAUUUGCUGAUGACACAAUCAUCAUGGGAAAGGCUGACACAGAGAAUAUUUUUAUGGUCAAAACAAUUCUGCGUUGGUUCGAAUUGAUGUCAGGUCUGCAAAUUAACUUUAAUAAGAGUAACAUUUAUGGUUAUAAUGUGCCAGUGAGAUGGGUUGAAGGAUCAGCCAGCAUGAUGCGGUGUGGUGUUGGGAAAUCACAGUUCAGUUAUUUGGGAAUGCCUGUCGAUGGAAAUCCUGGAAAUAAGAAGUUAUGGGAGCCGCUAGUAAAUAAAUUUCGAGCCAAACUUGCUGUCUGGAAAGCUGCUUCGCUAUCCUUUGGUGGCCGCCUCACUCUGCUCAACUCGGUGUGUGGGAGUAAGAUUAAAGGGGGAUUAGGGGUAACGGACCUGCGUAGGAAGAACUGGGCUUUGCUAGGGAAAUGGUGGUAUAGAUUUGGAGAGGAUGUAGAGAGCUUAUGGAAACGGAUAGUAUCGGAGAAAUACUAUGGGGGCAAGAGGGAGGAGGUGGACAUUACAGCAGUUGGCAAUUGGAGAACAUCCAAAAUUUGGAGAGAUAUUAUUAGUGUAGGAGGGCGUUCUAGGAGGCUAAAAAAUAUGUUGGUGGAGGGGUUUAGGUGGGAAGUGGGAGAAGGGAAACGGGUAGGCUUUUGGAGAGAAUUGUGGGGCGGGUAUAAAAAUUUAAGGGAUUUAUGCCCAAGGUUGUAUGAAUUAUCUAAGAAUAAGUUGGGUAAUAUUAGUGAUAUGGGGGUUUGGGAGGGGGAAAAAUGGAGUUGGAAAAUGGAAUGGAGGAGAGGGAGAAUAGGAAGAGAGAAGGAUGAGGAGGAGGUGUUGUGGGAGGUGUUGGAGAACUUUAAAUUAAAGAAGGGUGUGAAUGAUACUAGGAGGUGGAUUCAUGAUUUGGAAGGAAAAUACAUGGUGAAGAAGGCUUAUGAAUUUUUAGCUCCAACAGAGAGUAUCUUAGAGGACCGGUGGAGCAAGCUAAUUUGGUGUAGAUUGGUACCAUCCAAAGUGUCUUUCUUUGGGUGGAGAUUAUGCCUUGAUAGAUUACCAACUAAGAGGAAUAUUAUGAAAAGAGGGAUCUCUCUGUAGGAGGAGGAGUUAAUGUGUGGGUUGUGUUAUGACAUGGUUGAAGAAGCUAAUCAUUUAUUUUGUAUGUGUAAAGAAGCCUGGCUUAUUUGGGUAGAGAUUCUACAAUGGUGGGGCAUGGAGACUGUUAUUCCUAAUAAUAUUUUAGGAGUGGCAGAGAUUUUUGUACAAGAUGUGGGUAAGAUAGUUGGGAAGGAGAUGGGGGCUUGCAUAUUUCUUGUUGUAUCUUGGUACUUAUGGUAUUGGAGAAAUAGUAAGGUGUUUAAUAAUGGGAAUAACAUUAGAGGAUCACUAUUAGAAAGGAUUCAAGCCAAGUCAUUCUUCUGGAUCAAAAACAAGGUGCAAGGCUGUGUUUGUUCUUUUCAUGAGUGGAAAGUAAAUCCAAUUGGGUGUGCUUUAUCAGUGAGAAGUUAUAAAAGGGAGCUGAAGCUAUAUCGUAAACAGCAGAAAGGUUCAGUGACAGAGUAAGAGUGGAGGGGUGCGAGAUACUCCAUUGUGGUGCAACAAUCUGGAAAGUCAAGAUAUUCAUGAAAUUGUCUGUAUGUCCACUUUGUGUUUAAAAUGGUUAUUUUGAAUUCAUUCUGCAGUUUGGUUUGUGAAGCAUUAGUUGGUGUGGUUAUUUGUAAUACCCUUGAUGAUACUAUAUGUGUAAUGGGUAGGAGUACCCCUUGUACUCCAUAAAAUAAAUUUAUCUUUGCUGA